AGUGUCUCUACCGCAUUACCCAAGAUUGCAUCUGAGUUCGAGUCCCUUUACCAGAUAUCUUGGGUUGGGUCAUCUUAUCUUUUGACGAGUACCGCUUUCCAGCCACUCUAUGGACGACUAUCUGAUAUCUUUGGCAGAAAGCCAAUGCUGCUAUUUGCACUCACAUCGUUUCUCAUUGGGUCCACUUUAUGUGGUGCAUCCACGAAUAUGACCAUGCUCAUCAUCUGUCGCGCCUUUUCUGGCAUCGGUGGAGGAGGCAUCCAAUCAAUGUGUUCAAUUAUUAUAUCCGAUAUUGUGGCAUUACGACAACGUGCCAAGUACCACGCUAUCACAGGCAUUGUCUACGCGUUAGCCACAAUCCUAGGUCCCCUCAUAGGUGGUUUCUUUGUCGACCACUCAACUUGGAGACUUGCUUUCUAUAUCAAUGUCCCUAUCGAGAUCAUUACCAUUAUUGCUAUCUUCUUUUUGCUACCCCUAAAGUCCCCAAAAGUAUCCAUUGUACGCAAACUCAAACAAAUCGAUUACCUAGGGGUCAUCCUCCUCGUUUCAUGUAUUGUGUGCCUCUUGUUCCCGUUGGAUCGUGGAGGUUCUGAAAUGCCAUGGAAUUCACCUAUCAUCAUUAUCCUCUUCACUGUCGGUGGCGUACUUGGCCUAAGCUUUAUCUUUGUUGAAGGCAAAAUUGCAAAGUUCCCUGUCAUUCCAGGUCACGUCUUCAAAAUUCGAACCGUCGUGUCUGUCUACAUCUCCAUCUUCUUCACUGGACUGCUAUACUUUGGUGAAAUUUACUACUUACCUAUCUACCUCCAGGUUGUCAAUGGCGCGACUGCCACUGGAAGUGGUCUUCGCAUGAUGCCUCUUCUUUUAGCGCAAGUGAUUCUCUCAUGGCUCUCUGGGUUGCUGACAUCGAAGACUGGGAAUUACCGAUAUAUUCUAAUGGCUGGAUACUUUAUUAUGACCGUCGCUGCAGUUUUGAUUGCAACUUUGGAUGAACACUCCACUCAGGUCAAGCAAGUUGGAUUGCUAUUGAUGAUUGGAAUGGCUACAGGAUGUACCAUGCAAAAUAGUUUGAUUGCUGUGCAAAGCGCUGUGGAACCUAAAGAUGCCGCUGUGGUGCUUUCUGUACGCAACUUUUGGCGCUCAGUCGGUGGUGUUAUGGGAGUGGCUAUCUGCGGAUCGUUGCUGAAUAAUUCUCUGUAUAGCCGACUACCCGUUGCUUUAGGCUCGCUGUACACUGACCAGCUUUUGACGGACAUUAUCUCGAAUCCCAGUAUCAUCCGAACGCUGGAGCCUACCAUUCAACAUGCUGUGAUUAAUGCAUAUGUCGAGUCGUUGCAAAUUAUCUUCCGGAGUUGGAUCGUGUACGCUGGUAUGGCGUUCAUCGCCAGCUUGGGCAUAAAGCAGUACAAUUUACGCAACACGAUCGACAAGGUGCUUGUUCUAGAAGAUGAGAAAGAUAAUGGUGAUGUUGAAAAGAAGGCCGCCAUGUAA